UCCCUAAAUCCCCUAACCCCUAAUCCAUUCAUUCCCUCGUCUUCUGGCUUCUGCGCCUCGGCUUCUCCAUUCCACAGCCCACAGACGACGCACGACGCUUCUCCGGUCUCUCUGCGACUCUGCCCCUCACCGCCUCACGCUCACAGCCUACGCACUCGUCAUUUCUCCCUCGUCUCGAAAAAUUUCAAUCGGAUUUUCGUGACCGUUUGCUCACCCCUAGUUUUCUCAGUUGAGAGUGUUUACGAUGGAGAAUGAGGCAAACGGAAAAGAAGGCAACCUGGUGUUGAUUAAACAAGGAGCCGAGGCUAGAGUCUUUGAGUCCACAUUUGUAGGCAGGAGAUCAAUUGUUAAGGAACGGUUUUCAAAGAAGUACAGACAUCCAACUUUGGACUCGAAGCUUACUCUUAAACGCUUGAAUGCGGAGGCUAGAUGUAUGACGAAAGCUAGACGAUUAGGUGUUGCUACCCCAGUGCUUUAUGCUGUUGAUCCCAUAUUGCAUUCUCUGACUUUUGAGUAUGUAGAAGGACCCCUUGUGAAAGAUAUUCUCCUUGGUUUUGGUUCUUCGGGCAUAGAUGAAGAAAGGAUUGCUGACAUUGCAUUUCAGAUUGGUAAUGCAAUUGGCAAAAUACAUGAUGGUGGCCUCGUCCAUGGUGAUUUGACAACCUCAAACAUGAUAAUGCGAAGUGCUACCAAUCAACUGGUACUCAUUGACUUUGGCCUAAGCUUUACUUCAACACUUCCAGAAGAUAAAGCAGUUGAUUUGUAUGUACUAGAACGUGCACUACUAUCUAUGCACUCUUCAUGUGGAAAUGUGAUGGACCGAAUACUUGCUGCAUACAAGAAGUCCUCGAAACAGUGGUCAUCAACCUUGAACAAGCUAGCCCAAGUACGCCAAAGAGGUAGAAAACGCACCAUGGUUGGCUGAGCUUCCACUGUAUUCUGCUUUGCAUCCCAGUUAGGUUUCAGCUUGUUUGGUAUGCUUUGUCAUACACUUGUAAUACUCCUUGUCUUAAUGCAUAAUACUUUUAGCAGAGAUUGUGUACCCAAUAUAUAUGUGUUUAUAUUUCUCUAUUAGUAUUCCUAGAGGGUGUCACGAUAGGACUAUGCCUAGCUUCAUGAAUCAUGACAUUGACAUUAUGCAUAGAAUUGUUUAAUUAUAGGUCACUUGCCUUAUUAAUCCAUGAUCCUUAAAUACUUUUUGGUUGAGAUAAUUGACUAGCUUUAUAGAUUCA